AUGACAAGUGAAAAUAGAAUAAAAGAAAAGAAUCGAGGACGGUGGAUGAAAGGCAAAGUUUUGAAGUACGUGAAAGGAAAGGACGGUGUAAUUAGAGGAGUUAUUGUAUUACAUAAAGGUAACUAUUAGGAACGACCUGUUCAGCUAGUAUGUCCUUUGGAGAUAAGGAGCGUGGUUAAGGAAGAUCAAGGAAGACACAACGAAAGUACUGAAGAUAAUGAUGAUAAAUUAAAGAAAAGACCAGAACGGAAAGCAGCAAAGAUCGCGAAAGUUAACAUCAGAGAACAGUUGAAGGACGAUUUAAGGGAAGUAAAUAUAACUGUGUAG